AUGAAGAAGGUGGGAUUGGCAGCCUUUGACUCAAAGAAGCUAUCGACACAGCAAUACAAUGACCUGGGCUCAACAAUCGUCUCAGUGCAGCAAGAAGAGCUCAAACGACAGCUCUCACAGUUUCAAGAACGACUCAGUCACUUUGCUUCGGCACAUGCCUCAGAGAUUAAAAACAAUGCCAAGUUCAGGGCGGAGUUUGCGGAAAUGUGUGCUGCUAUAGGAGUCGAUCCUUUGGCCAAUUCGUCUUCGAAAAAGGGAGGCCGAAUUGCCUCGUUUCUGGGCAAGGACGUGCAGGACUUCUACUUUGAGCUGGCAGUCAAGAUUGUGGAAAUAUGCAGACAGACCCGAGAAGACAAUGGAGGUAUGGUCAAGGUGACGGAGGUCAGAGACAUUCUCAAUGCCAGAAACAAGACUUCGGCAAUCAAGGUGUCUGUGGACGACAUAGUGACUGCUGUCAAGACCCUCAAGAAGCUAGGAGACGGACUGGGCAUAGUCAAGGUAGGAAGCCAACAGUUUAUUAAAUCUGUGCCUGGAGAGAUGAAUCCCGACCAGAUUACCGUCCUGGAAACCUGCCACGUGUUGGGCUUUGUGUCUGUCUCAUUACUACGUGAUAAUCUUGGAUGGAAGCCCACCAGAAGUAAGAGUACUUUGGAGACCAUGACUGGAGCAGGUCUACUGUGGGUGGAUGGCCAGGGAGUUGAGACACAGUAUUGGUCUCCUAGUUGGAUCGAUGAUGGUUACAUGGUCGCUGCCAAUUCGUGA